AUGGCGAACAUCGACGUGGAAGAUGAAAACAUUUUGACUUCUAUGUUUAAAGACUCAUUUCCAGAAAGCUGGAAUGACAACCCAGAGUUCGUGCAGUAUUUGUCAGAACUGAGCUCAUAUGGAGUGGACAAACUAGCUCAGGAGCCUGAUCGUUUGUCUGAAGCAAAGUCACAGAUUCUACAAGAAACUCAGCACCUGGCUUUUCAACACUACAAAACAUUUAUCCAGACAGCAGAGUGCUCCCGUGAAAUAUUUGAAGAUUUUCAAAUCAUAGAAAAGCAUGUUGGUGAUAUGUUGCAUAAACUCCCAGACUUUUCAGAAGAAUGUGAGAGAGUUAUGAAACAGGCUGAGGACAUCAAUGCUAGCCGGCGGAUGAAUACUCUGACCCUACAGCGUCACACCCAGCUGCUGGAGGUCCUAGAAAUGCCACAGCUCAUGGAUACCUGUGUGAGAAACAGUUAUUAUGAGGAGGCACUGGAACUGGCGGCCCAUGUCAAAAGGCUUGAGAAAAAACACGCUAACAUUCCUGUUAUUGGUAAUAUUGUGUCUGAGGUGAAGAACUCUGCUCAGUUAAUGCUAAACCAGCUGAUCCAGCAGCUGAGAACAAAUGUCCAGCUCCCGGCUUGUCUCCGUGUCAUUGGCUACCUCCGCAGGAUGGAUGUUUUUACUGAGGCAGAGCUCCGCAUCAAGUUUCUGCAGGCUCGGGACUCCUGGUUCCAGGGUAUACUAGAGGCAAUACCAAAGGAAGAUCCCUAUGUCCACAUUACAAAAACGAUAGAAGCAAGUCGUGUUCACCUGUUUGACAUCAUCACCCAGUAUCGUGCCAUCUUCUCUGAUGAAGAUCCUAUUCUCUCUACCAAUAAGGAAGACUCUGUUAAUGAAUCUGCACUAUUUCACGGAUGGGUUGUACAAAAGGUGUCCCAGUUUCUGACUGUCCUUGAGACAAACCUCCAUCAAGGUGUGGGUGGACGUCUUGACUCUAUACUUGGUCAGUGUAUGUACUUCGGACUCUCCUUUAGUCGAGUAGGGGCAGAUUUCCGUGGACUCCUGGCCCCAAUUUUCCAGAGAGCAGCUCUCCAAGGCUUCAAAGUGGCUCUGGCAGAUUCACUACAAAGAUUUGAAGCAAAUAUGCAAUCAUACAACUUAUUAGCAGUGACGUCUACUGUGGGUAGUCUGACAUACAGUACUGGUACACAGUCUGGACAGAUGUUUCCCCCUGCUAUCCUUUUAGAUUAUCACCCUCUUGCUGCUUACUGUAAUGAUGUGCUGUCAGCCUUUAAUGAACUGCGGCUGUGUGCUCCCAUAUCCCUGGCCUGUGACAUUGCUGAAGUCCUCCAAGAAUCACUGCUACAGAUUAGCCGCAUAACAUUGGCUUAUUACAGGGCUGAGGAGUCGACCUUUGACCCCAGGGAGAAGGACCAUUUUUGUCAGUUUUGUCAAGUGUAUGCCACUGACCUUCUGCCCUAUCUCAACAAAUGUUUGCAACAGUUAUUCCCCCCUGUCACACUGGCUCAGAUACUUGGCGUGACUCUUUCCGACCUUAACAAGAUGGGCAGUCUGGGACUCGUGGAUAUUUUAGCAGUCCUUGACCCAAUUUCCCAUUUACUACCUCAGAAAGAAGAUAGGAUUUCUGACCAGUUGGAUACCAAUGUUGGCACAAUAACCCAGUCAGUUCAGGAUAGUGUUACAAAAGACAACCAAAUAGAAUCAAUCAGUUUAUCAAAAGAUACUAUGAAAAGUGAACAAGCUUCCUCUACAAAAAUACCUGGCAAAUCAGAAUCUGAAAUGGAUGUCACUCUAAAUUUCACAGACAGUUCAAAGUCAUCUUUAGGUGUAAUGAAGGAUUCAGCUGGCCCAUCGGAUUCAGAUUUACUCGGUGAGAUAAAGGACACGAGCGUUGAAGAAUCUGCUCCUAAGGUUACAUUUACUGCUGGAGAUGGAGAUAGUGAGGACAAUGAUGAUACAUCUCUCACUGUUCCUACGGAAAAUCAGGACAGCUCAAUAGGUUUAACAUUGGAUCAAGUAGGGAAAAAGGAUGAUUAAGGGAAAUUACUAAUCAGUGGCUCUAGAAGAAGGUUUGAUAUGUGUAUUUAUACGGUGGUGUAUGAAAGACUUUUAUCUAAAUUAAGUUUCAUUAGUCUCCUGUUGGUGAAACCAAAGGGGACUAUGGUUUUCCUCUGUGUCUGUUCAUCCCUAUGUCUAUUACAAAGCUUGUCAGCUCUCAAUUGGCUUUAUUCCUUGAGGGAUUCUCAUCAAUCUUCACACGUUUAUUAAGCAUCAAAAUAUCUCAGACAAGUUUGAGGUUUAAUGCUGUUGGGUUAAGGUGAAGAUUACUGUUACUAUUUUUAGAUAAUCAUUGUUAGCACUUUAAUAGGUCUACUUCUUGAGGUAUUCUCAAACUUUCCACUCUAUUUAAGCUUCAAAAUCUCUUAGACAGGUUGGUGAGAGUAUCAGGGUUGUUGAGUCAAGGUCAUUGUUUCUAUUUUAAGAUAAUCAUUGUCAAAGCUUCAGAUGCUUCACUCCUUGAAGGUUUUUAAAACUAAAAGCAGUACAGACUUUUAAACCACUUAGUUGCCUAACAAGUUUGAGUUUCAAGGUCUAAGUCGCCAUAUUUAUUUAUGAGCACAUAUUCGAUGUCCUGUAAGAAGUCUAGACGCUGAGUCAGAGAUACAAAUAUUACUUCAUUGUCCCAUCAUAAACCCGGUACAUUUGAGUUUCUGUGUUGUGUGUCCUGAAAGCUUUUCGCCAUCUAAUGUUCUUAUGAACUUGAUACAUAUAAAUCUAUGAAUCUAUCAAAGACACUGAUGGUAUUCCUUAAACUUCAGAGAUUUGUUAGAAUGUUUAAACAUUGGUUAUCGGGGGACUUGUCUGUGAUAUAUGUUAAUUACAGAAUGUGAAAUUGAUGACGAUGAUCAUCAGUAUAAAUACAUUGUACCUAGAUUUAAGUACAUAUUUGAAAAAGAAUCAAAAUUCUGUAAUAUGUUUGUUUCUUUAAGACUUUGAGAAUGUUUAGAUUUAAGCGUAAUAUAUGGUUGACAUAUUUAUGGAAUUUAUUUUAAGAUUUAACAACUAUGAACAAUAAAA